UGAUUGGCCGAGCGUCUCACGGCCGGGGGGUAAAAAUUGUGAAUGGCUUCUCACUGACUGAGAUGUGUAAUGAUUUAUAAUGUUUUAUCGGCACUUGGCAGAUGUUGUUUUUAUUUGACGUGACGUUCUUCAGGACUGGAUUGUAACGGAGAAACGAUGUCGGACGCUGAAGGUGCUCGCAGUCCUGACCAGCUGAAUAAAUUCGAGAGACUGACACACAGGCCGCCGCACGGGGAGACGUUAGCAGGUCAUCGUACUCCCCCUGCCCGCAGUGGGCAUCGCUGCGUUGCUGACAACACUAAUCUGUAUGUGUUUGGAGGGUACAACCCUGACUAUGAUGAGUCAGGAGGCUCAGAGAAUGAAGACUAUCCACUGUUCAGGGAGCUUUGGAGGUACCACUUUGCCACUGGCUGCUGGCAGCAGAUUCGAACAGAGGGCUAUAUGCCCACGGAGCUGGCAUCUAUGUCAGCUGUUUUGCAUGGCAACAACCUCCUGGUGUUUGGCGGCACCGGGAUCCCCUUCGGUGAAAAUAAUGGCAAUGACGUACAUGUCUGUAAUGUGAAGUACAAGCGGUGGUCGCUGCUCAACUGUCGAGGGAAGAAGCCCAACAGAAUCUAUGGACAGGCAAUGGUUAUUAUAAACGGCUUCCUGUACGUGUUUGGAGGGACAACGGGUUACAUCUACAGCACAGACUUGCACAGGCUGGACCUGACCACCAGGGAGUGGAUCCACCUCAAACCCAACAACCCUCCUGAUGACCUGCCUGAGGAACGGUACAGGCAUGAAAUAGCACAUGACGGACAGAGGAUUUACAUUCUGGGAGGAGGAACUUCCUGGACAUCUUACCCUCUGGACAAGAUACAUGCCUACAAUCUGGAGACCAACUCCUGGGAGGAGAUCACAACUAAACCUCAUGACAAAAUAGGGUAUCCUGCUCCUAGGAGAUGCCAUAGCUGUGUACAAAUACGAAAUGAUGUAUUUAUCUGUGGAGGCUACAAUGGAGAGUUGAUAUUAGCCGAUCUGUGGAAGAUCAACCUGCAGACUUUCCAGUGGAGUAAAUUACCAGCAGUGAUGCCUGAGCCGGCCUACUUCCACUGUGCUGCUGUCACCCCAGCUGGCUGUAUGUACAUCCACGGUGGCGUAGUGAACAUCCAUGAGAACAAGAGGACUGGCUCUCUGUUUAAGAUCUGGCUGGCUGUGCCCAGCCUGCUGGAGCUAUGCUGGGAGAAGCUCCUCAAGGCCUUUCCCCACCUGACUUCACUCCCCACCAUGCAGCUGCUCAACCUGGGCCUCACACAGGAACUCAUUGAACGCUUGAAAUAGGACGCACAGUGGAGGACGGAUGGACAGACGGACAAAUGAAUGGAUGGGACGGGCUGGGCUGGACUGGGAGGAGAUGAGGUCUGACAGAGCACAGAAUUAAAAUCAUAGCAAAAUUCUCGGGAAAACGCCCUCUCCCUCCCCUGCCUAACGUAGCCCCGCCUUAAAACCAAAAACAAUGGGAUGCCUUUUUCUUUUUGUUUGCCAUUUUUUCCCUGCCAGUUUCACUGAUUGAUAAAGAAAAUAAAUGUAGAAUGUUUUAUGGAUUUUACUCAACUACCCCCCCCCCCACC